AUGCUGCGUAGAAAUUCCAUGUCCAACACCAAGUUCUUCCAGAAAUCCCUGCAAAACUUCAAGCAUAAGGACGCCCAAACCUUCUCUCUUACCACCACCUUCGUCACCCACCAAACAAAAAAAGACGAGCUAAAUGGAAGUUACAUGAAGUUCUCAAAGGCGAUUCCUGCGAAGAAUUAUGGGACAAAAAGAAGAGAGGACUACGAGGAUAAUCGUAAAAACAAAGCAAAGAAUUUUCUGGGAUGGCAACAGAAUAGUUCAAGAGAUGAGGGAAAGAGAUGGUUGGUGGAACAGCAGCUAAAGGAGCUAGAGCUGAUGGAUAUUAGCAAUGUGGAUCAUGUCCUGGACAUUGAAGAAAUUCUCCAUUAUUAUUCUCGCUUGACAUGUCCUGCAUAUCUGGACAUUGUAGACAAGUUCCUCAUGGACAUAUAUGCAGAAUUCUUAGGUCCACCUGGAACCCCUUGCAGUGUGAAUUCAAGGCAAACUACGCUGUUGCCUUCACUGUAG